AUGUACGGUGCACUAGAAGAGAAUAUUAGCAGUAUUAGUAACAUUGCCCACGAUAGCGAUAUAUCAUUGCCCAGGACCCGAAAGUCUUCUCAGAAACCGCCUGGAUUAAAGCCACUGAAUUCAUCUAGCGCGUUGCUAGAUUCAACCGUGACGACAUCGCCCAUGGACAAUGGCGUCCAUCUUAACGACAUCUUAUCGCCGAUAAGAGCUACCCCAUCAUUACUGAAACGAACUGGAUCUGACCCUCAUAUAUCAGUCUCGGCGCGACGAUGGUCAAAAGCCAACCGGCAGGAGAGCAGGAGCUCGUCCAACGAAGACAUGUUUGGAUUGUUGAGAUCACUAUCAAUUACGAGUGAUGAUUCGUUAUGGAGCUUGGGGAAUCGGGUUGGAAGUAAUGGCCGAUCAUCACUUACAAAUCCUGCUACCAGUGACUUGAGACCGGGAUAUGAUUCGAGUUUCUUUUCGGCUUGCGUCAAUCUAUUGAAUACCAUUACUGGAACUGGAAUGAUUGCCAUGCCAUACGCUUAUUCGAAGCUUGGGAUUGGACUUGCCACGACGUUGUUGGUUUCAUUCGCUUGCCUGACCUGGUACAGUUUGCGUCUCCUAGUAGCAUCCUCAACGUACCUCCACAAGAGCUCUGCUGACGCUAGCUACCUCUCAUUGGCUCGUGCCACGAUACCUGGACGUUUUGUUGUACUGGUGGACGUUGCGAUGCUGAUGUUGUGUCUGGGAAUGGCCUGUAGUUAUCUCGUCGUGAUAGGAGACACAGUUCCACCUUUAUUGGGCAUGUCUGCGACUGCAGCUCCGGGCUGGGAGCUAGCGUUUCUUGUGGUUUUGAUCCCGAUAUCUCUAUUCGAUUCGCUCGAAGUGCUGACAGUCAUAUCAGCCUUGGCAUUGAUAUUGGUAGCGUACUUGGCGUUGGUUGUGGUUGGAUUUGCAUUUACAGGAGUCGAUGCCGUACCAGAUCCACAUGUUGGCUGGUUUGUGGCAUCACCAGAGUUCUUUGUCGUGUUGAACAUUUUCUCAUUUGCGUUCACGUGUCAUCAGAAUAUGUUUGCGGUUUGCUCAGAAUGUGGGCCUCAAACAUUAUCUCAAAUCGAUCAAGUCAUUAAUAUUGCGUUGGGUUCUACUGCUAUUGUGUACUUGAUUGUCGGAAUAUCGGGCUAUUUAACUCUGGGAGAUGCCGUUACCAGCAAUCUGCUUCUUAUUUAUCCUGAAGGCUACCUCAUAGAAGGAGCUCGGAUUGCCUAUAUUGCAUUGGGGCUUCAACCGGCACGAUCGUCUCUGGACUCACUAGUAUCAUCAUUCUACUCCUUGCGUAAACCGUCUUAUGCACCAUUAUCAGCAAGAGAAGAUGCCGGCCCAAAUCCAGAUCGUAUUAUUGACACUACAACGAAUUGGAAAAGGAAUAUGUGCUUGACACUGGCUGCACUCGGCAUUGUGUAUAUCGGAGCCCUGACAGUGUCGCGGUUAGAUGAAGUGUUGAUACUAGUUGGGACAAUUGGCGGAAUCCCAAUUUGUUAUAUACUGCCCGGCUAUUUUUACUAUACACUAGCUCCAAAGGAUAAGAGCGCUACCUACGGAGGCUAUCCUCAUUUCUUUGCUCUAGCAAUGAUGACAUUAGGGGGAAUCAUAAUGCUCUCAACGACAUUAUACAUAAUCAAUGAAUUGUUUUCUAAAAUAUAG